AUGGGUACCCCCGCCUCUGUGGUGAGCGAGCCGCCCCCUGGGCAGGCCCCGACGGAAGCCCGGGGCCGCAAGCAGGCCUCGGCCAACAUCUUCCAGGACGCUGAGCUGCUGCAGAUCCAGGGCCUGUUUCACCGCAGCGGGGACCAGCUGGCCGAGGAACGAGCGCAGGUCGUCUGGGAGUGUGCAGGGGACCACCGUGUGGCGGAGGCCUUGAAGAGGCUGCGCAGGAAGAGGCCCCCUCGGCAGAAGCCCCUGGGCCCCCCGCUACACCACUGCAGCCGGAUCAGAAUCACAGAGCCCUGCGCUCCACCGGCCAACCCACAGAGCAGUGCCACGGAGAUGGCUUCCAGCAGGCAGUAUCUGAACUCCAGGAGGACCAGUGCCAGGAUCCGCCGGAAAUGGAGGAAGCCAGGUCCCCCAAGCUACCUUCAUCAGAUCAGACACUGA